UAAAUUUAUUUUUUAGUGUAUUUAAAAUAUUUGCCAAUGAAAUUACACACCGCCUCGACGACUCCCCCUCCUCCGGUCAACGCGGAGAACCACUCCACGCCGCCACCCCAUCCGCCGCCGUUGAUGACGACCACCCCUCCGAAACAACAUCCCCAAGACCUCCCCAUCGCAACCAAUCCACCGCCAGAAACUUCCCAAAACCAUCAACAACAACCCCCCCCUCGUCUCACUGACAAAGUCUCCGAACUCCGAAGCCUCUCCGCCUCCCUCUCCUCCUUCCUCCGCCGCUACGACGAGUUACAAGCGCACCUCGAUUUCAUCCGGUCCAAAUUGCCCCAACCCAACCCCAACACCCCCGCUUCCCCCGUCACCGAAGCCCUAGCUCCCGCUGCGGCGCAAUUGCCUAAUUCUCAGUCGUGUCUAUCCGAGAUCGAAUCACCAUGCGUGUCUAUGCCUAGCCGUGGAUUGUCUAACUGUAUCGCGUCUCGUCCCGAAGCCCUAGCUUCCGCCGCGGCAGAAGUACCUAAUUCCGUGUCGACGGUGGAUAAUAAUACUCAGCCGUGUCCAUCCGAGAUCGAAUCGCUUUGCGUAUCUACGCCUAGCCGGGGAUUGUCUAACUGUAUCGUGUCUCAUACCGAAACCAUAGCUUCCCCCACGGCCGAAGUGCCUAAUUCCGUUGCGGCGGUGGAUGAGACUCGGCCGUGGCUAUCUGAGAUCCAAUCGCUAUGCGUAUCUAUGUCUAGCCGCGGAUUGUAUAACUAUAUCGUGUCUCAUGUCUUAGAGGUCGCGAAGCUUCGUCAAGAAGGUCCGGGGUUGUUGGGACUCGCGCCGAACCCCGUGAAAUUGGUGUUGGAGUGUUUACGGCACGGAAAGGAUUCGACUAGGGUUGAGGAAAGAAAAGCUUCGGUUUUGGUUUUGGAGUUUUUACUGUUGAUGGGAGGUAAUUGUGGUGAGAUUGAGGCGAAAUUGAAGGAGGAGGCGGAGGUGGUGGCGAUGGAGUGGAGGAAUCGGGUUUUUAAGGAAGGCGGCGGGGUUAAAAGGGGGUGUGAGGUUGAUGGCAGGGCUUUGCUUCUUUUGAUUGGGUGUUUUGGCAUACCUAGUGUGUUUAAGAAUGAGGACGUUAGGGAUUUGAUUGAGGGGUGUAAUGUCAAGGAAAUUUCUGAAUCGCUUCGGAGAUCGGAUAUUCUUGUUGCAAGGAUUCCAGAGAUAGUUGAGGAGAUGAUGAAGAAGAAAAUGGCAGUUAAAGCUGUUGAUAUUGCUUGUACUUUUGGGAUGGAGAGUCGGUACCCUCCUCAGUUAUGUAUGCAACAAUUUUUAAAACAGUCUAAAGAUACUGUUAUGGAAGAGAGAAAAGUAUCAAGUUCUGAUGAAGCAUUGGUAUGCACUAGUUUUCGGUUCUCUUAUCAAUUCUGUAAGUAUUUCUUUUCCCUGAUUCAGCAAUUGUGUAAUUCCGCACAGAACGAAGCAAACAAGAAGUAUUUAGCCAAUCUGAAGUCUGCUCUCAAGUGUUUGGUAGAUCACAAGAUUGAUCCCCACAUACCUGGAUGGAAUAUCCCUAUACUAAUAUCUGGCCUUCAAAGAAGUACCACCCGUCGAAAUAAGAGAAUUGAAGAGAAGGUGACACAGAAGAGAGAAGCAGAUGGAUCUCUUCGAAAUAAGAAAAUUAAAGAGAAGGUGACACAGAAGAGAGAAGCAGAUGAACCUCCUGAGUCUUUGAAGAAUUUGACUAGCCAAGAGGUAAAACGGACACGGCUAAGUCAUAACUCUUAUGUGGAUGGCAAGAGUUCUUCUGAAGGUUUGAUACCAACAAACUUGUUGAAUGGCGGAAUCCAUGGUCACAACGCUAGUUUCUCUGCUUCCUCAUCUGGACUUCAUGUUCCACCAGCAGGGCCUUAUCCUGGGCCUGGGGUUCAUGGGGGUAUGCCAGUUGAUAGUGUCGGUCUAGUCGUGAAUACCAAUGGUCAGCCAUACAGGUGGCAUGGGGAUGCACCAUCCAGAGAAAGGUUGAUCGGUUGCAGCUAUGCGGAACCUACACCAUUGAUGAUAGGCCACAUGGGUGGCUAUAACGUCGGACAAGUUGAUAAUAACUAUUUUCAGCCAAAUGUGUGGCACGGGAAUGCACCAUUGAGAGAAAGGGUGAUCGGUCACAGCCAUCCUGAGCCAGCAUCCCUUGGGGUUAAUGGCGUGUUUAGGGUGUCACCAUCGAUAGAAGGCUUUGUGGGAUUGCUAAAUCCCUCAUCUACUUCUAGUCGGAAGCCGGACUCGGGUCUUUAUGGGUUUGCGGACACUGUUAUUUAAAGUGAAGCAUAUGGGCUAUGGCCAUCAUCCCCCAUACUUGUAUUCAGCCAAUGCUCUCCACAAUUUUCUAGUAUUUGUGCAUUAGCUUUUGUGGUCCUUGUUUAAAGAGGCUGCAUUAGUGUAGGAGGUUUUCAGUGUACGUAGGUAUUUUUUUUUUUUGAUAAGAAGUGUACGUAGGUAUUUAUAAGAAACAUCUGGCCUAUUUGAUUGGGUCUGCAUCUCACUAAGGCUGAUGCAAAUAUUGACCCAAAAAUGUUCAGAAAAUAUGAACGUGUUAAUAA